UUCAAACUCCUAAAAGUGAAACCAUGAGUGAAACUAUGAACUAUGACAGGAAAAGUUUGAAUUCUGUGCGCAGAUUGUCAGUAUCGACGAAAUAAUUCGAACGUGCUUUGUUUUAUUCCCUCUGUUUGUUUUGAUUUUUCCAUUCAUCAGCAAAAAUUUUCAUGAAAUCGUCUGUAUAAUCUACCCUCUGAAUAUGACUGCAGUCUAAGAAUUCAUUGAACAUCACCUCGUCAGGAACGUGUGAAGAAAACGUCGCUUUGGAAAAAUUGACUUGAUGUCGAGUGUCUUCGUUAACUAAUUAUUUUUCCAGUAAUCUUUCACGAAAGAAGAGGUAUCAUGAAGAAUCUGAAUAAUAAUCGACAUGUUUUCUACAAAUACUACUUGGAUCUCUGCCAGUUUCAUUGCUUAAAUCCAUCGCCUGCCAUCAAACAAGCAAUCAAAUGUAACGAAUUAAAUCUGUGCGGGGACCGAGUGCGAUCCGAAGAUUGGCAACUAAUUACCAAAGCUCUAAGCAAGGAUCUAAGUCUGGAAUCCAUCUAUAUUUGGAGCCGCUACUGCAGAGUGAAUCCAGCUUUUUUAAAAGAAGGUUUCAAGAGAAAAGCGUUAGUUAUGAGAAAUAUUCCUCCAUUUUUGCAACCCAAGAUCAUAUCUUCAUUAAUUAGCUCCCUUGCCCGAUGUUUCCAAAUCUCAAAAGCCCUUACAUGCCUCAAAUUACACUUCUUGCCUCUACUAAGCCAUGAUACAAAACUUCUUGCCGAGACAAUUGGCUCCUGCUCAUCCCUGCAGCACUUAUCUCUGUCACACUCUUGCCUCGGAGAUGAUGCAUGCAUUACACUCUGCAAGUCGUUGAAAGAUUGUUCAAAAUUAAACACAUUAAACUUGGCAGGAUGUCUGAUCACUCCAGUUGGUGCUAAUGCAGUUGCAAAUUUAAUUAAGGAGCAUUCGUCAAUUAGCUCCAGGGAAGUUUGGUCUCCGACUUCUCAUCCAGCCAACACAGAAGGAACAGUAAAUAGCGAUGGCUUGAAACGUAUCACUUUGAAUCAAAAUCCUAUGAUAGGAGAUUUGGGCAUAGAUCAUCUUGCUAUGCAUUUACUGGAUGAUGUGUGUCUGAAAGCAAUUGACUUACAAGAUUGCGGAAUCUCGAAUAUUGGAGGAGAGAUAAUUAAGUGUGUGCUGCAAGUGAACAGAGCACUUCAGAUAGUGGAUCUACGCUUCAAUGAUCUAGACUGUAUCAUAUUCGAUGAGAUUUUGAGCAUGCUGGUUUUGAACAACAGAAUUUCACCAGUGCAGUGGCAAUGGACGAAAAUUGAUCCUUUCAUCUCUUCAAAAUAUCAAAACUCAAGUGAUUGGUCUGAAUACGAUCAGCAACACCCCCUGUGUAAAUUAAACAUAAUCCAGAAUCUCACUAGUAUUGAAAAAUCGAAAAAUCAUCAACAUUCAAUGAGAAACAAAACCCCAAGUAUUGAGCCUGGUUUUUAUAAACAGAGGACGACCCAAGCCGUAGAAAAUGCAUUGAGAGAACCAAAUGGGGAAUUGAUCAUGGUAGAGAAAACAAUUCUGAUGGAAAUAAAUUCAACUCUUCAGAAAAUUAAUUUAUUCAUUCACCGACUUAACCUACCUCAAUUAAUUGCGAUUUUGAGAGAAAUUAAGGCUCAAACUGAAAAGUAUGAAACUCAGACUUUUCCCGACUCCAAGAUUGUGAAUGAUACAGAAAGGAAAGGCAGCGAUCGAGAAGAGAACUGUUCGGAUGAUAGCUACGGAAUGAAUAUGAAUGAAAUUUUCAAGAGGAAGCUGGAAAAAACGCUAAGUCUUGACUCUUCUUCAAAAAAAUGCAGCUGUUGUGAUAAAUUGUCGGAUCAGUUUCAAUCUGAUGAUCUUUUAAAGAAUAAAAGUACCAAAAAAGUCAAAGCAAAUUCUGAAACCUCGGAAGAUUUUUCCGAUCUUUUUAAGGUGUUAAGAAAAUUUAGCUCUGCCUUUUAUGUGCAAAAUUCCAAUUCACCUGUUCUAAGCUAAGAUAGCAAAGAGCCUUGCCCAUAAUAAUGCCAGGAUAAUGAAAUAAACUAAAUAUGUUACUUUA